ACGCCGCGUCCCCAGAGCGGUCGGGGCCGCUGCGAGGACCUCGAGCCGCAGGCGAUCGCGCGCUGAGCCGCGGCGUCGCGCCGGGCCGGGCGUCCCCGGCGUGGGGGCCUGGGUGGCGCGGGCACCGCAGUGUCGUCCGCAGCGCGCCCGGGCUCGCGGAUCCCCGCGUCCUCCGCCGCCCCCGGCUCCGCGGCCCCAGCCUCCCCGGGGCCACGCGCGGCUCCCCCGGGAAGUCGCCGCCCCGGGCCCGGCGCGGCGCGCAGCCAGGGCGGCGGGCGCCAACGCCGCGCUCGGCUCCCGCGUCCCCGGAUGGCACUGCAGCGGCCGGCGCGGCGCGCGGACCCCGGCGCCCGCCCCGAUCGGCCCGCGGGGCUGCCUGGCGCCCGACACCCCGCAGGUAGCUUGAUGCUUGGCCUAACAGAGGCUCUCCAGAUCCUGUUCCCAGAAGACAGGUGCUCCCAGCUUGCUCCCCAACUGUAGAGGAGAACGAAUCUGCAGGCCUGAGAAGCUGAGAAAGGGCUGAGAGUGACCUGCAGCUGCCUGGGAGGGGGGACACUGGAACUUUCCACCAGUUGCAAUCUUCAGAAUUCUCUGGGAACUGGGACACCAAGAGCAAGAUGUAAGGGGACUGGGAUGCCUUGCUGUGUGCUUCCUUUUCUGGGCCCCUGGAAGUUCGGCUUGAGCCGGGAGGCCAGUGAGCCGUGUCCUGAGCCACGCCCAGGACCUGCCUCCUUCCUCUGGCCCUGACAAUUCCCUCUGCAGUGGAAUUCAGACUCAACACCUUACAGGGGUUCCAUCUGGAAGGGCAGUUGGGGACAUCAAGGCCCCUCCAUCUUCUUGCCAGCCCUCAGCUCGGCCCUGGCCAGCCAGUCCGGAAUGACCCUGCUAUGGCCAAGCUCUGGUUCAAAGUCCAGCGGUACUUCCGCCGGAAGCCCGUGCGCUUUUUCACCUUCCUGGCUCUCUACCUGACCGCUGGGAGCCUCGUUUUCUUGCACUCUGGUUUCGGGGGUCAACCUGCCAUCUCACAGAGCCAGGCCAGCCCCGCGGUGGGGGGCCCGGCAGAGGUCGCUGCUGAGCUGCCCUUCCUGGGGGAUUUGCAUCUGGCCAGAGGUUUUCGGGAUGUGGGUGAAGCUUCGAGCAUUGCCCGCAGGUAUGGCCCCUCAUUCAAGAGCAAGGACACCAACGAGAGAGCCAAGCUGGGCGAUUAUGGAGGGGCCUGGAGCCGAGCCCUCAAGGGAAGAGCCGUCCGGGAGAAAGAGGAGGAGCGAGCCAAGUACAUGGGCUGCUACCUGGAUGACACCCAGAGCCGGGCCCUGCGAGGCGUGUCCUUUUUUGACUACAAAAAGAUGACCGUCUUCCGUUGCCAGGACAACUGUGCCGAACGGGGCUACUUGUACGCUGGGCUGGAGUUCGGUGCCGAGUGCUACUGCGGCCACAAGAUCCAGGCAGCAAACGUGAGCGAGGCAGAGUGCGACAUGGGGUGCAAGGGUGAGCGGGGCAGCGUGUGCGGUGGUGCCAACCGCCUCUCCGUCUACCGGCUGCAGCUCGCCCAGGAAUCGGCCCGCAGGUAUGGCAGUGCGGUGUUCCGAGGCUGUUUCCGCAGGCCCAACAACCUCUCCCUGGCCUUACCUGUGACUGUGGCCAUGUCCAACAUGUCGGUGGACAAGUGCGUGGAUCUCUGCACAGAGAAGGAGUUCCCCCUGGCAGCUCUGGCGGGCACCGCCUGCCACUGUGGGUUCCCCACCACACGGUUCCCCCUGCACGAGCGAGAGGACGAGCAGCUGUGUGCGCAGAGGUGCAGCGCGGAGGAGUUUGAGAGCUGCGGGACCUCCAGUCACUUCAUUGUGUACCAGACCCAGGUCCAAGACAACCGGUGCAUGGACAGAAGAUUCCUGCCCGCCAAGUCCAAGCAGCUCAUUGCUCUGGCCAGCUUCCCCGGUGCAGGCAACACGUGGGCCCGCCACCUCAUUGAACUGGCCACUGGCUUCUACACCGGCAGCUACUACUUCGAUGGCUCCUUAUACAAUAAAGGGUUCAAAGGCGAGCGGGACCACUGGCGUAGCGGGCGGACUAUCUGUAUCAAGACGCACGAGAGCGGCCAGAAGGAGAUCGAGGCCUUCGACGCCGCCAUCCUGCUCAUCCGCAACCCCUACAAGGCGCUCAUGGCCGAAUUCAACCGCAAGUACGGCGGCCACAUUGGCUUCGCCGCGCACGCGCACUGGAAGGGCAAAGAGUGGCCGGAGUUCGUGCGCAACUACGCGCCGUGGUGGGCCACGCACACGCUGGACUGGCUGAAGUUCGGCAAGCGGGUGCUGGUGGUGCACUUCGAGGACCUGAAGCGGGACCUGUUCGCGCAGCUGGGCCGCAUGGUGCGCCUGCUGGGCGCGGCGGCGCGCGAGGACCGGCUGCUGUGCGUGGAGAGCCAGAAGGACGGCAACUUCAAGCGCUCGGGGCUGCGCAAGCUCGAGUUCGACCCCUACACGCCCGACAUGCGCAGGACCAUCGCCGCCUACAUCCGCAUGGUGGACGCCGCGCUCCGGGCGCGCAACCUCACCGGGGUGCCCGACGACUACUGCCCGAGAUGACGCCCCCACCCCACCCCGGCUCCCGCCAAGCCCUGGCAUCCCACAUGACAGAGGGGGCUCCUGGAGGGACGGGAUCCCAGGCCUCGGACGUGGACCCUUGGUCUGUCCCCCCCGACCCAGUCCCCACCGCUCUGGGGUCCACUGGUGGAAGGGAGGGGUCCUUGUCCUCCAGGAGACGAGCUGGGUCCCCUCCCUCGCGUGGGUGACAGCAGGGGGGUGCUGUCACAGACACACGUGAUGCCUCUGGGAGCCCUUCUCCUCCCCACUCAGGAAGUCCGGGCAUUUUUGCCUGGUUCAGGCCACCCUCUGUGUGGACGGGCCUGGGGAUCUGACCCUUGGGGCUGGGGUGGGGAAGGCACAACGGUGCUCAGGGUCGAUCUCUUGGCACCACCUGAGGGCGGCAGGCGUUGGUCAAGCUGCGCCGGGGACGAGGCUGGGUGUCCUUCUCCUCUAGGGCUGGAGGCCUGCCCUUCCCUCCCAUCGUGCACCUGGGGGCGGGAGGAGAGAGAGGUCUUGGGGUCUCUCCAGGCAUCGACUAACCGAACAUGCAGGGACACAGCUCUUUAUCGCAGGACCCAACACAUCCACCUGACCCUUCACAGGGCAUCGUCUGCCACCGAGGGCUCCACACCAGAGGGGCUCGCAGACCCCUCACCACCUGCCCAGACCCCAAGCCUCCCUUCAAUGGCAGCCCGGCACAGCCCUCUUCCCCACCGAGGCCUCGUAGGAGCCAGGAGACAACCGCCUCCUCCUCACAACCAUCCCACCAUGGUCUUGAUGCCGAGACACCAAACCAAAGGAUUUCUGAGGAUCUGAAUCACUAAUUGUCUAUUACCAAAAAAAAAAAAAAGCAUCAAUCCAGAACCCCAUCUGUGUGAUUCCCACCUCGGGUACCUGUGGCUCCCACCAUGUACAUACAAAAGCCAUAGUCACAGCCUUUGCUCCUGUGGAGUGCCCCCCAGGCCCUCAUGUGGUCCUUCUGGGGUGCAAAGGGAGCCUCCAGCUAGCCAAGGGACUCUGGAGAAGGCAAGUGAGAAGAGAUUUAUUUUUUUAAGAGAAAUAUGACUAAUACAUUCGGCCCCCUGGAUCCUGGCCAAGCAAAGAGAAAGGACUCAGGCCUGUACCUGUGUCUCCUCUCGAAUGCCCUCGUCUAUAGGGUUUGGGCCAGCCCAGGACUCAGCCAGUGGGCUCUGAAUGCAGUUUGUACCGUGUUUCUCCCACCCACACCCCUGGGCUACUUUCUAGCCUUCUUUUUAUGGGUGGUGGGGGCCCCUGGCCUCCCUGCCUGCUAGGAGGUGGGCUCUCGCUGGGAGAAGCUUGGUCCAGGACCCUGGGGCCUGGUCUUCGCUAGUGGUGACCUCCAACCACAACUUCUGUCUGAAGAACCCUCAGGCCUGUGACUAUCAUUAAAGACGAGUUUUGUUGACAAUUUGA